AUGGAACUAUUUUGUGAUUUUAAAGAACAUGGUGUAGCCUACACUUGCGAUAUUCAUUUUUCAGCAAUAACAAUACCAAACAUGAACAUCCAGUCGAUUACGGGAACACAUUUAGAAGGAAAAAGUGAUGAAGAUGUCGAAGCGAUUAGGUUUAAAGAUACAACAGUCAACUACUUCCCUCAAGGAUUGAACAAAAUUUUCCCUAAUUUGAAAACUGUUGAAAUUGAUAAUUGUGGAUUGAAAUCAAUAACACAAAGAGAUUUGGUUGGGCUAGAAAAUAUUCGGAAACUG